AUGUCUUUGAACCAACUCCAGCCUCAUCCAGUUCCAGAUCCUACCCAGUACGACGCCAAAGAGCGAUGGCGGCAGGCACUGGAGGAUUACGACCGGGAGACUAACCAGAACCUUCUCCAACAACCGUUCACACAGGAGCUCCUCUCCCAGUCCAGCGCCGAGGCCGUCGCGUUGCGCCUCCAAGGGUUCAUGGACUACCGUUCGAAAGGGCACAAGAUCCUCGCUGUCAUGGAAUCCAUCGCGAGUGUUAUACUCCGAUUCAUCGAAGCUGGCGCCGAGGCAGCUUCCAAGUUCGCUCCCGGAGGCAAGGCCAUAUUCGUUGGUUUCGCGGCCUUACUCCAGGCUAUGAGAGGUGUGACUGAACUAUACGAUGCAGUCGAGUUUCUGUUCCAGAAAGUGAAGCACUACGUCGAGCGCGUCGAAAUCCAUCUCGGCCCGCCCGGCUUGCCAAUCCCCGCUAUCACGAAGAUCCUCUUCGACACACUCACUCAAGUAUUGCGCUUCCUUGCGAUCGUGACCAAGUACUGUAACGACUCCGAAUCGGAGACGACACCGCCGUGGCGCCGUCUGAAAUCGUUCCGGGAUACCGUCCUACAGCGCACAAAUGACUACUUCAGCGUGAUGCUCGACAAGACAGAUCUACCCGCAGUGCUCAAGAAACUUGAUGCCCUUGCAAAGGCGGAGAUCGAAAUGACCGCGGCACAUACGAACGCUAUGAUGAGGGCAGCUCAACCGAAGAUGCUGGCCACUCACGACAGUAUAGUUCUCAAUGACAUCCGUUCGUGGCUCCAACCCCCUAACCCGCAACCCCUCAACUACGAAAAGAAGAGGUAUCGCGAUAGCUGUACCUGGUUCUUCGAUGACCGUUUCGAUGAUUGGCAUUCGAGUCGGAACGGCAUCUACUGGGUAUACGGCAACGCCGGAGCCGGGAAGAGUGUCCUGUGCUCAUCAGUGAUCGAUAGAGUGAAGGCAGAUCGGACGCUAACUCUGGCUUACUACUAUUUCGAUUUCAGUGACCCCGAGAAGAAAGGCUGUCGCGGUCUACUUGCUUCUCUGGUCUUCCAGAUCGGGACUUACCUUCAGGAGUCCCUGGACUAUCUCAAGAAAGAACAAUUGUCUUGUCGUUCGGAUGAUCAUCCAACCUCUGAGCGUCUUCUCGAUAUGCUCUCGUGUCUUUUACGCAUCUCCGGUCGUACCGUUCUCAUCAUCGAUGCUCUGGAUGAAUGUCCUGAAUCUGCGCGCUCUACAGGCUUGUUCCCUUUCAUCGAGAUGAUUCGUGACCUGAAAGAUGUCGCCGAUUGCUGCCUCCUCGCUACAAGCAGGCCUGAAGCCGAUCUGCGCAAUUGCAUGCUGGAUCUGGCCACUCAUUCAAAGAGUUUUCACGACGAUGUCCGGCAUAACAACGAUAUAAGGGCCUACAUCUCGGCCCAGCUCAGUCAAACAAAUACAUAUUACUGGGCGGCUGAUUCUCGUCUUCAGAAAAAGGCCUUGUCAGUUGUGGACCAAAAGUCGCAUGGGAUGUUCCUUUGGGUGGACCUACAACUUCGAGCACUGCGGCACUGCUCCAAAGGCGACGUCGAGCACGUCUUACUAGAUCUGCCAGGUGACCUUGAUGAUACGUACGGGCGAAUCCUGCGUGAGUUUCCUGACCGGGGUAGCAUGGUGCAUAGUGCCCGACGUGUCUUUGAGUGCAUUGCCUCGGCACAGUGGCCUUUGUCUGUCAUGGAAGUUUUUCACAUUCUUUCCGCAAACGUUGAAUCCCCUCAAGUUGCUGAGGUUCUGUCUGACGCCGAGGUCACCGAGACCGAGACCGAGACCGAGACCGAGACCGAUUCGGGUGAAUCUUCGCAUUAUGUCUCGUCGGAUGAGCACAUUGAUCACGCUAAAGACAUCAUUCGUAAGGCAUGUCCAACCCUCUUAGACAUUGUCGUCACCGAUGGCCGUCGAGAAACUGUUCAAUUCAUUCACUUCUCGGUCAAAGAAUAUUUGAUGUCCCAGAGAGAGCAUUCCGGCAAUUCAACUGUAUCGCAUGGUCACGGGUAUAUGUUUGAUGCACGUACAGCCAACAUUACGUUUGCGAAAGUCUGUCUCCGUGUCCUUUGUGGUGAUCCUCUACGCCCUCCAGUUAUGCAGGACUAUGCAGUUCUAUUCUGGCACAACCACGUGGGAUUGAGUCGUGGUCACGAAGAUAAUCAAUUGAACAGCCAGCUUUCCAGCUUUCUCCGCUUGGACUCCCCAUCAUUUGCGAGACUGACACGGGCAUUGGCAACGUCUUACUUGUCUUACUGGAUGCAGCGUCCACACGAUCUGAGUGGUCAUAUGUUAAGUUGUCAUUCUGCCCUCCACGCUGCUGCUGGUUUGGGUCUUCAGAAACAAGUUGACCAAAUGCUCGACCGCUGCUCCCGAGAGAAACUAGAGGAGGUGAUUGAUGCUCGCGAUUGGUACACGGGCACGCCAUUGCACAGUGCAGUCGUGCGUGGCCACAUUGGUGUCAGUCGCAGUCUACUCGACCACGGUGCGAGCAUUAACAUCCCGGGCGGCUUUGAGAGCAAGAAAACCCAGCUGGAGUACGCCAUCUCGGGCGGGAACAUCAACUUGAUACGUCUGAUGAUGCGAUACUCUUCGGUCGAUGACUCAGGCGCUCGCAUCCCUGCAUGUCAUAUUCGCAACAAAUAUGGGGAAACUGUCUGUCAUCUCGCUGCUGUUCAUCGCGAUGUUAAUGUGCUACAUACUGUGCUCGAGUAUGGCGCUCUCGUGGAUGUCGAGGACAACGAAGUCGGUAAUACUCCUCUACAUGAUGCCGUCCGUGAAGGUUUAUUGGGCAUUGUAUCUACACUCUUAGCGCAGCCUGCGUCGGACGGGUGUUCAGAUCCCCUUUCCCGUCGUUGUAGUGCUCGUAAUUGGGACAAUGAGACUGCAUUGUGUGUCGCUGUGAGGAGAGGGCACGUGGGGAUUGCUCGAUACUUGCUCCCGUACACAAGUUUCGAUGAUAACGGUUCUAAUGGAGAGCAAGUCCCCCCUUUGCAACACGCCGUCGCCGGUCGUCACCUAGAUUGUGUGCGUCUCCUCCUGAAUCACCCCCCUGCAAAUGAGUCCAAUGCCGCUGCUCUGCGAUACAACACCUGGAGCGGUCUUGGUACUUGGUGCGGAAACGCCCUCCACUGUGCUGCAGAGGGUGGCAACAUAGAUAUCCUCAACCUGUUACUUGCACAGCCGAGUGUUCGCAUUGAUUACACAGACUCUGAUGGCAGUACACUCUUGCAUCACGCUGUCUCUUCCUCAAAGUUGGAUAUAGUCCGCACAGUCAUUGAAUGUGGCAGUCUUCAUGAUGUUUUAGGCUACCGAGGCUGGCUCCCUCUACACGAAGCGACGGACAGGGGACAGCUCGAAUCUGUCCGCAUGCUUCUUACACACCCACGCACUUCGAGUACUGCUACCUUUCAAUGUCGCACUAAGGUCAAGCUCGGGUUCGGGAACGACUUGGAACACAAUGCGACCGCGCUGCAUAUAGCUGCUGAGAACGGCCAUGUUGACAUUUGUCGCAUUCUGAUCGAACAUGGAUCGCUCCUCAACGAAACCACCAGCAGUGGCGAGACCCCACUACACUCUGCUGAAAGAAUGAAGUGGGCAAGGCAUGGGAUGGAAAAUUACAUAGCCACCAUCCGUUUCCUUCUCGAAGCCCGCGCCACGAGUGUACCAGUUGUUACACCGCUGGACCCUGCACUGAGCGGCAGGCUGCGUGCACGCGCAGAAAGUGACCCCGAAGACGGACCCUGGAGGGCCAUCUUCCAAGAUUUCGCAUCACAGUUCGCGCCGGUUCCAGAGGCUGUAUGA